AUGGAGGUCGGCGGCGGCAAGCACUUCGUGCUGGUGCACGGCCUCUGCCACGUCGCGUGGUGCUGGUACAAGGACUAUUGGCGGCCACUGCUGGACGUGGUCGCCGCGGCCCUCGACGGCGACAGGCUGAUCCUCGUCGGCCACAGCCACGGUGGCCUCAGCCUUGCGCUCGUCAUGGAGAGGUUCCCGCGCAAGGUCGCCGCCGCCGCGUUCGUGGCCGCCGCGCUGCCGUGCGUCGGCAACACAUGGGCGUUAUCAUCAAGGAGAUGCUUCCGAAGGGCUGCUCAUGGACUGCCAACUGGUGCCAUCACCGGCACUGGCAGUGAAGGUGCCGGCGGGCAGCAAAGGACAGCGAUCGUGAUGGGUCCAAGGUUCAUGGAGGAGAAGUAUUAUCAGGAGAGCCCGGCGGAGGAUGUGACCCUGGCGAAGCUGCUGGUGAGGCCCGGCAACCAGUUCCUGGACGACCCGCUGAUGAAGGACGAGGCGCUGCUGACGGCCGCCAACUACGGGUCCGUCAAGAAGGUGUACGUGGUGGCCAAGGCCGACGAAGCCAGCACCGAGGAGAUGCAGCGCUGGAUUUUGGCCAUGAGCCCUGGCACGGAGGUCGAGGAGAUCGCCGGCGCUGACCACGCCGUCAUGAACUCCAAGGCCAGGGAACUUUGCGACGUCCUUGGAAGGGUAGCCAGCAGAUGCGACUGA